UUUUUUUCUUCUUUUUAUUCUUUCUUUUUUGUCUUGACAGAUCUUUUAUUUUUGUGUAUAAUGAUAUAUAAACACGACGAAAUUGAACGUUUUAAGCAUCAAUUACAAGAAUCAGUUGUAGUAUGUGCAGAUAGGUGUUUAUACAAUGCUACUAAAUGGUCAGCUGAACUUCUCGAUGGGGUAAAGGAAGGAACACUUGAUUUAUCUAAUCAAUAUGGACAUCAACAUACUACAACAGGUUACGACGCGUCACUUCCUUCGGUCAAUGAACUCGAAUAUAACAAAUAUCAGUAUGCCAAAGCAUUAUUUCACAUGCGUCAAUACGAAAAUGCCAGUUAUAUUCUUCGAGGAAUGGAAAAUCCAAAAUUGAAGUUUCUUCGAUUGUAUGCAAAAUAUUUGGCUGGGGAAAAACGAAAGGAAGAACAAACACAAGAAAUCCUUGGAAGUGCGGAUAACUCUUUGACAGAAAAUCCAGAACUUAAUUCAAUCUACGACGAACUUAGAACUGCUUAUGAUGAGAAUCAGACAAUGGAUGCGUUUUGUUUAUAUUUAUAUGGAAUUAUUCUUCGAAAACGUGGUGAUAAUCAAUUAGCAGCUUCUGUCCUUCUUCAAUCAUUAAAAAAAUAUGAAUGCAACUGGUCUGCUUGGAUGGAACUUGGUACAUUGGUUUUAAAUAAGAAAAUGUUUUACGAUCUACAAAAACUUUUAGAUGCAAAGAUGACUGGGUCUUUAAUCAAGAAUCUUUUUUUGGCAAGACUCGCUUUAGAGUUACAUCUACCUCAUCAAUUCUAUUCUGAUAUUAUGACACCUUUGACAGCUAUCUUCCCUGACAGUACUUAUAUCAAAGCACAAUGGGCUAUUUCAUUUUAUGAUACAAUGGAUUACAAUGAAUCUGAAGUUUUAUUUGAUGAUUUACGAAGAAGUAAUCCUUAUCGACUGGAAGAUAUGGACGUUUUUUCCAAUUUAUUAUAUUUGAAAGAUUCAAAAGAAAAACUUAGUGUGCUGGCUCAUCAAUGUGAUAGAAUCGACAAAUUUCGACCGGAAACUUGCUGCAUCGUUGCAAAUUACUAUAGUAUUAAACGUGAAAUUCCAUUAUCUAUUGAAUACUUUAAACGGGCUUUAAAGCUAAAUCGAAACUACCAUUGGGUCUGGACUUUAUUAGGACAUGAUUAUAUUGAAAUGAAAAAUGCUAAUGCUGCCAUUGAAUGUUAUCGUAGAGCAACAGAUUACAAUCCACGUGAUUUCCGAGCAUGGUAUGGACUGGGACAGGCUUAUGAAGUAUUGAAAUUACCCUAUUAUGCAACAUAUUAUUAUCAAAAGGCUACGGAUUUAAGGCCUCAUGAUCCUCGUAUGUGGCAAGCUUUAGGUGGUUGUUAUGAAGCAUUGGGUCGUCAUAAUGAAUCUUUAGAUUGUUUUAGAAGAGUAAACGAAUGUGACAAGGAUGGUCGACACAACGCUUUGAUACAACUAGCACGAAUAUUUGACAAGAUGGAACGACCUAAUGCGGCAGCACGUUAUUAUCUUCGUGCAAUUGAAAAAUAUGAAACGGAGGAAUAUGAUGGAAUUGAAGUGGCAGAAUCUGGAUUACGACUGGGACGAUAUAUGUUUUCUAAGAAUCGAUUGGGUGAUGCAGAACGUUAUGCUAAAAUUGCUCUAGGAUAUAGUUUUCCGUAUCAUGACGAAGCACAAACAUUAUUAGAUGAAAUCAAGAACAAGAGAAUCUCUACCUUUGAAACAUAGUGAUUUUUUGAUCUCCCUAUUCACUUUUUUUUUUUUUUUUGGUUUUAUUUUAUUAUUUUAUUUUUAUUACUUUGUUCCUUUUUUUUUUUAUUCUCUUCCCCCUCCCCUUUCUCCUUAUUUUUCCCAUUAUUGGUUUUUUU